AUGUCGAGCCCCGUUCAUAUCUCCUCCAAGGAGCAGUUCAGCACCCUGCUGACGAAGUCUCGCUUUGUUGUCGCGGACUUCUACGCAGACUGGUGCGGACCAUGCAAAGCCAUCGCCCCUGCCUAUGAGCAGCUGGCAGCCCAGCUGUCACGCCCGAACCGAAUCACCUUCACCAAGAUCAACGUCGAUCACCAACAGGACCUUGCUAAGGCCUACGGAGUGACAGCCAUGCCCACCUUCAUCGUGUUCGAGCGCGGCCGUCCAACCUCCACCGUCAAAGGCGCCGACCCCCAGAAGCUGUCGGAGGUGGUCCGCAAACUCGCAUCGGAGGCCAGCAAACCCGACGACGGCGGCGAGGGCUCAUCAGGCAGCUCCGACGCAGAUUGGAUCGGGCUGGCCGCACCGAAAGGCUACGCCGACAUCACGGACCAGUACGAUCCCAAGGGCCUGGAGCUGCUGAACCGGGACAGCGAGUUCGGAACGGCGAAGACACUCUUCGAGACUUCGAAGCCGUCGGCGCUGAACAACGGCAAGGGAAAGGCUAAGGAUUGGGUCGAGAGCGAUACCGAUGAACAGCUUAUGCUCUUUGUUCCGUUCCAGUCGACGCUCAAGGUGCAUUCGUUGCAGAUUACUUCGUUGCCUCCCAGUGAUGGUGAUGAGCUUCCCAUGCGCCCGCAGACGAUCCAUCUCUACACGAACCGCUCGCAUGUCCUGGGCUUUGACGAGGCGGAGGGUAUCGAUCCUGUGCAGACGGUGACUAUCCAGCCUGAAGAUUGGGAUAAGAAGACCGGAACGGCCAAGAUUGAUUUGCGGUUUGUCAAAUUCCAGAGGGUUACGUCGUUGAUCAUGUUCUUUGUGGAUGGGGAUGGGGACAGUGAAAAGCUGCGCGUGGACCGUAUCCGUAUCUUUGGUGAGGCAGGCGAAAAGAGAGAGAUGGGCAAGCUGGAGAAGAUUGGUGAUGAGCCUGGUGAAUAA